GCUGGGAGGAUGAAGUUUUCGUGAAGGGCAAGAAGAACCGUGGUGAGGAGGAGACGGCUGUGCUAGUGAGAGGCCAGGGCAGGAUGGUGGAGGAGGGGGAAGCAGCCACAGGAGGAUAUGAAGAUGUCCUUGGGCAGAGGCACUCUGAUGUCUCCACUGAUCUCUACAGCUCACAGUUUGAAAACAUCCUAGACAAUGCAUCUUUAUACUACAGCGCAGAAUCGCUGGAGACGUUGUAUUCGGAGCCUGAUAGCUACUUCAGCUUUGAGAUGCCACUCACUCCCAUGAUCCAGCAGCGCAUGAAGGAGGGUGGCCAGUUUCUAGAUCGGACUUCAGCCUUGGGACAGCCAGAUGUCCUGCAGCUUCCCCCUGACAGGGAGGUGACGGGCUGCAGUGGAGGCAUUGCCAAUGGCUUAAAGGAUGGAAGUGAAACACUCUUCAGAGGAGACGUCACAGAGAUCCCUCGUUUGGAAAGCAAUGCUGAACUGCAGAGUAUGGUUUUAGACUCCAGUGCUGCCAUGGGGAGCAAUGAACUUCAUGAGAAAGAUGCCACCGGAGCCCUUGGCCAUGAUCUCAGCAAUGGCAGCAGCAGCAAUUUGGAAGCAGCCCGGCGCCUGGCUAAGCGCCUCUAUCAUCUGGACAGAUUCAAACGCUCUGAUGUGGCAAAGCAUUUGGGUAAAAACAACGACUUCAGCAAGCUUGUGGCCGAAGAAUACCUGAAGUUUUUUGACUUCACAGGCAUGACGCUGGAUUACUCGCUCAGGAGUUUCUUUAAAGCCUUUUCACUUAUCGGGGAAACUCAGGAACGAGAGAGAGUUUUAAUCCACUUCUCCAGUAGAUACUACCAGUGCAACCCAGACACCAUUUCUUCUCAAGAUGGAGUCCACUGUCUCACGUGUGCCAUGAUGCUGCUGAACACUGACCUGCAUGGCCAUAACAUUGGGAAAAAGAUGACCUGCCAAGAGUUCAUUGCUAACCUCCAGGGAAUGAACGAUGGCAAAGACUUCCCGAAAGGGUUGUUAAAG